UAAUGUUUGGUAUAACACAUUUAUUACCACAAGAUAUCGUAUUUAUCUCAGACACACAAAACAGAAAAUAAUGGUACUGAUAUUAGCAAGCCAGUACUCUAUCAGACGCCAGACAAGAUGGCAGCAGUGCGUGUACGAAGUAGAUUCCUAAAGUUUUUAAGUUCAUAUCAAAGAAACUUAAACAGACAAAUCUCCGUUGCUUCAAGCCUGCAAAAUAAAAGUGCGUUCAAGUGGAAUGAUCCAUUCGAUCUCGAGUCCCAAUUAACCGCAGAUGAGAUUAUGAUCAGAGAUCAAUUUCGUAACUAUUGUCGUGAAAAAUUAAUGCCUCGAGUAAUCGAGGCAAAUCGGAAUGAACAUUUUCACAAGGAAAUCAUUAAGGAGAUAGGUUCUCUUGGUGUUUUGGGCUGCACUUUGAAAGGCUAUGGGGCUUCCAAUGUUUCUUCCGUUGCUUAUGGACUUCUUGCGAAAGAGAUCGAGGCUAUUGAUAGCGGGUACAGAUCAGCGAUGUCUGUACAAUCCUCCCUGGUUAUUGGUUGUAUACAUCAAUUCGGCGAUGAGACGCAGAAGGAACGAUUUCUUCCUAAACUUAGUAAGUAUCAAUCGGCGGUGUCUUUUCUUUCGGUCCUAAUUUCAUCUUCCGAUCUUGCAGUUUCUGGGGAUUUAAUUGGUUGUUUCGGUUUAACCGAACCCGAUCAUGGCAGCGACGCAGGAGGCCUUGAAACUAAAGCUGUUUAUGACAAGGAUGAAAAAGUUUACAAAUUAACUGGAAGCAAAAUAUGGAUUUCAAACGCACCCAUUGCUGAUAUACUAAUCGUGUGGGCGAAGUGUGAGGAUAAGAAAAUUCGUGGAUUUAUAGUCGAAAGGGAAGGAAAUCAGAAUCGAUUGGACACACCGAAAAUCGAAGGAAAAUUUUCAUUGAGAGCUUCCAUUACUGGAAUGAUACUCAUGGACAACGUCGUAGUACCUGAAGAGAAUUUAUUAGCGAGUGUAGAGGGCUUGAAAGGACCAUUUAGUUGUUUAAACAACGCUCGUUACGGAAUAUCCUGGGGUGCUUUAGGUGCAGCCGAACAUUGUUUCGAAGUAGCCAGAACGUAUACUUUGACGAGAUUACAAUUUAAAAGACCAUUGGCUGCUAAUCAAUUAAUACAAGCGAAAUUGACUAAUAUGAUGUGCGAUAUAGCUUUUGGUCUUCAAGCUUGUUUACGCGUUGGAAGAUUAAUGGAUGAACAUAAAUCAAAUCCAGAGAUGAUUUCUAUGCUGAAGCGAAAUUCUGCUAGCAAAGCGUUAGAAAUUGCUAGAACCGCGAGAGACAUGUUAGGUGGUAAUGGCAUAUCGGACGAGUAUCACGUCAUUAGGCACAUGAUGAAUCUCGAAUCCGUUAACACUUACGAAGGUACUUACGACAUACACUCUUUGAUACUCGGAAGAGCGAUCACCGGAAUAGCUGCCUUCGGUGGAUAACAUAUUUUCCUCCUUGAUAUUAUUUCGGCCAGGUUUUCAGAAAGUAGUUCCACCUUUAAAACUACCGUAAACUUGUUAACACAUUUAAAUAUAUACAUAUAGAUUUUGUAUUCUUUUCAUGGCAAUACGUAACGUUGACGUUUCUAAUUACCCUUUCUUUUCUUUUCUUUCUUAGGCACAUAACUUGCUACGAAUAAUUUCUUCUUAUCAUAAGUAUGUAUUAUAUUUUCAUGUAUGCUUCCAAAUAUUGCAAGAGAGAAAAUAUCAAAGUUGAUUUUU